CGCCUCUCCUUCGUAUUUCUUGUGCGACUCCAGACGCAGGCUGCUUAUCGACGAUAUUUUGUAAAUACAGUUAAAAGAAGCGUUUUAAAAUGCCGAUGAAAGGAAGGUUUCCGAUCAGGAGGACUCUGGAGUAUCUCCAGAAGGGCGACAUCAUCUUUAAGAACAGGGUGAAGAUCAUGACGGUGAACUACAACACAUCCGGAGAGCUCAGCGAGGGAGCAAGAAAGUUUGUGUUCUUCAGUAUUCCUCAGAUUCAGUACAAAAACCAGUGGGUCCAAAUAAUGAUGUUUAAAAAUAUGACACCAUCACCGUUCUUAAAAUUCUACCUGGACGAUGGGGAACAAGUUCUGGUGGAUAUCGAAGGGAAGAACCUCAAAGAAAUUUCACAACAUGUUAAGAAGAUUUUGGGCAAAUCAGAAGAGGUGUUGCAGGCGGAGGCUCUGGCCAAGAUGCAGGCCUCCAACCCGGCCAACUUUGGUCCCAGGAAGUACUGUCUGCGGGAGUGUAUGUGUGAGGUGGAGGGCCAGGUGGCGUGUCCCGGCACCACGCCGCUGCCUAAAGACAUGACGGGCAAACACCGCGCCCAGAUGGUGGCGUCCCAGGACUGACAGGCUGAGAACUGGACACUGUGCUGUUAGGUUAGAUUUUCUACGGUUACAUAAAAGGACUACCGCAUUGCGCAUUUUGUUGUAAAUAGGAGUAUCUAAAUGGGUCCCCACUAUGCUGGACUGGACUGAGACCUGCUGCCCAACAUGAGCGCUAGCAACCCACCAACAUGGGACGUCGUUGGGGCAAAACGUUGUGGAUCCUUUGGUCUACGCUUCGGUACCUGGACGUUCCACCUGGUGGUUCUAUGUGUGUUUAGGAGCCGGUUCCAUAAAGUCAAACACCAAAUAAACCAGGCUGAUGUCCAACUGUC